AAACUAGAAGGCUAGGAGAGCUUAAGUCGUAAAAAAAGAAGGGCUUUUAAUCAACCCGGCCCGCCAAUCCUUCUCCGUUGGCCGCGUAAUCAGGUCAAGCGCGGCCAGCAGAGGGAAGAACACGGAAAAUCCAGAAACGGGUAAAGGGAUUUGCAUCGCAAGGUAUAUUCCCCCGAUUCAAUUUGACAAACCCUAGCUUCCCAAUCACUCGUGAAAAAAUGGUGAGGAGAAGAGAAGGUCUUAGCUUGUCAAUCCUGUCAACUCCUUCCCUCCCCGAGUCUGCUGAGAGCAGAACAACGCCGUCGACCUCCAACAAAUGUAAGCCACGGUUGUCGAAACAGUUGUCGACUUGCGAGACUCCACGGGAUGUUGCCUGGGAAAAACGACGUCGUCAGGUGAUAAUGAUUCAGGACAAGAAGCAUAAACACGUGUCUGAAAAUGUCAGCAAUCUGCCGGAUCUAACCGACGAGGACUUACGGGAGCUUAAAGGGUCUAUCGAGCUGGGUUUCGGGUUCAAUGAGGAUGCAGGGCAAAAACUAUGCAACACAUUGCCGGCUCUAGAUCUCUACUUCGCCGUGAACCGCCAGCUCUCACCGAUCCCGUCGCCUAGCAGUAGCGGCAGGCACAGCGUAUUGUCUCCCUGGUCGAGUAGCGUACCGCCUAGUAGCCCGAAACCCGACUCUGACACACUGAAAAUCUUAUGCCCAGGGGACGAUCCUCAACAGGUGAAAACAAGAUUGAGGCAUUGGGCACAAGCUGUUGCAUGCUCUGUCAUGCAAUCUUACUGAACGCAAGCGUGUGUGUAUACGCGAUUGUAAGCUUCGAACAUUUGAUUUCUCAGACAGCAAUAGGACAAAAACAGGGGGGGGGGGGGAAGAAGGAACCCUACUUGAUUUAGGAUCAUUCUUGAAGAGAAGCAACAACAGAAGCCAACAACAACAAAAAAACACCAAGAAAUCUGGAGAGGAACCCAAAAAAAAAACGGAUGUGAAGGGGGGGUAUAUAUACACUGUAUGUACUCUGACAAGAGUUGCCACUUGUUAAGAUUGCAAGUCUUCCCGGUUCAUGGCUCAUGUUCAAAAAAAAAAUUUACAUUAUGGUUGUGGACACCACAAAUUGAUUAUGAAGGCAAUGAAAUUUGUUUGAUAA